UUGUACGGGAAUGUAGGUAAAAAGGAGGCUGUUGCGACUGAGAAGGCACCGGCUGCGCUGGGACCGUAUUCUCAGGCAAUUAAAGUCAAUAACCUUGUCUUCGUUUCGGGUGUACUCGGUCUUGUUCCAGAGACUGGAAAGUUUGUCUCAGAUACCGUAGAGGAUCAGACAGAGCAGGUGCUCAAGAAUAUGGGAGAAAUACUGAAAGCUAGUGGCGUUGACUAUUCCUCAGUGGUGAAGACAACAAUCAUGUUGGCUGACUUGAAAGAUUUCAAGAAAGUGAAUGAGAUUUAUGCAAAAUACUUUCCCGCACCUGCCCCCGCCCGAUCAACAUACCAGGUAGCAGCUUUGCCUUUGGAUGCUAGGAUUGAGAUAGAAUGCAUUGCUGCACUCUAGGGCACACCUGAAUGGAGUUUAGUUAGGAAGGAUCAAGUUAAUAAAGCAGAAGAGAGGAAUCUCCAAGAAUUAUAGGUUAGAGAUGUUUUCAUCUCCCUCUCAAGACUGAUGGUAUCUCAAUGAGUCUUGUUAAAUUGCCAGAGCUAUAAUGUUUAGAAGCAGUUGUAGAAGGCAGAAACAGAGCAUGGACCUCUCUCUCUCCCUUUUGUUUUUUCUUUCUUGUUUUUUAAGGUCUAGCAGUUAUUGUGGACAAAUCCUCCUCUCUGGUUCUUCCGUGGAUUGAAAGAUAAUGUUUUAUUUACAUUUGGACUUUGGUAACUAUUGAAA